AUGGCCUCCGCAGUCCGCAUGCCGGCCCCGGCGUGCCUGAUCGAGAACAGGGACAGGAAGCUGGUCGUCCACCAGGAGGCCCUUCGGCUGCUCUCCGGAGUCCAGCGGCCCGUGGUGGUGGUGGCCAUUGUGGGGCUGUACCGGACGGGCAAGUCCUACCUCAUGAACAAGCUGGCCGGCAAAAACUCAGGUUUCCCUCUGGGCUCCACGGUGCAAGCCAACACCAAGGGAAUCUGGAUGUGGUGUGUUCCCUAUCCUGGCAGACCAGACCAGACCCUUGUGCUUCUGGAUACAGAGGGCCUCGGUGACGUGGAAAAGGGUGAUGCCCAGAAUGACUCCUGGAUCUUUGCUCUGGCCGUCCUCCUCAGCAGUGCCCUGGUCUACAACAGCAUGGGCACCAUCGACCAGCGCGCUAUGGACCAGCUCCAUUACGUGACGGAACUGACCGAGCGCAUCAAAUCCAAGUCCUCGCCUGAGGCGAACUCAGAGGCCCUGGAAGAUUCUGCCGAGUACGUUCGCUUCUUCCCAACGUUCAUCUGGGCCUUGAGGGAUUUCACUUUGCAGCUGGAGCUGAACGGGCAGCCCUGCACUGAGGACCAGUAUCUGGAGAACGCCUUGAAGUUAAAGAAAGGCAAAUCCCGUGAGAUUCAGCUCUUCAACCUGCCCCGCGAAUGCAUCCGGCUGUUCUUCCCCACCCGAAAAUGCUUCAUCUUUGACCGCCCCACCAAUCGAAAGAACCUGCACCGGCUGGAGGACAUGGAGGAGAGGGAGCUGGACCCGUUUGUGCAGCAAGCUCUCCAGUUCUGCCGUCACGUUUAUGAGACAUCCAAGCCAAAGACCAUCCCAGGCGGGCAUGUUGUCACUGGGCGCUUGCUAGCAAACUUGGUGGAGACUUACGUGGACACGAUCCGCAGCGGGGGGGUGCCCUGCAUGGAGAACGCAGUGCUGGCCCUGGCUCAGAUUGAGAAUUCUGCUGCUGUGCUAGACGCCACCGCCUGCUACGUGAAGCUGAUGGAGCAGAAGCUGGAGCUGCCCACGGAGAGCCUCCAGGAGCUCUUGGGGAUCCAUGCCAAAUGCGAGGACGAGGCCCUCCAGGUCUUCAUGAGCCGGGCCUUCAAGGAUGACAAGCAGCAGUUCCAGGCUGAGCUGAUGCGAGGUCUGAAUCAGAAGAAGGAGGCGUACUGCCGUAAGAAUGAACUGGAAUCCUCCAAAUGCUGCAAGGCUCUGUUGACGCGGCUCUCUAAGGAACUGGAGGACAGGAUCAACACGGCCUUCUACUCCCGACCUGGUGGCUAUCAUGAUUAUUUCAAUGACCUGAAGACCAUCGCAGUGAGAUACCACCAGGAAUCAGAAAAAGGAGUCAUGGCCGACGCCGAACUGCAGCAGUUCUUCAAGGACAAGGAGGACGUGGGUAGAGCCAUCCUUCAAAGCGAUGAAGCCCUCACAGAGAAAGAGAAGGAAGCCGAAGCUGAGCGUGCUCGGGCCCAAGAGGCCAAGCUCCAGCAGCAGAAUCUGGAGCAAGAGCAGGCCAGGCUGAAAAAAAUAGUUGAAGAUCAGAAGCGGAGCCAAGAGGAACAGCUUCGGCUGCUGCAGGAGAAGAUGGAGGAGGAGAAGGUGGCGUUGCAAGAAGAGACAGAAAGGAUGGUGCAGCAUAAGCUCAAGGAACAAGAACAGCUGCUGAAAGAGGGAUUUGAACAGAAGGCCAGCGAAAUGCAGAGCGAAAUCCAGCGUCUCAAAGCAAAAAAUGACACUUCUAAUUUAUCUGUUGUGAUGUCUGCCCUGGGGAAGAUGCUUGAGCAUGCGUUACCCCUGGCAGUGGAGGGUCUUAGGUGCCUCUGA